AAAAUCACUCGACUAAAGGGUUAUGCUAACUAGCUGCGGUUACUGCUUAUAAAAAAAAAAAAAAAGUGAGAGAAACAGAAGGUGAGAGAGAGAGAGCAGUGGGGGAGGAGGCAAAUGCGUGUAAAUAAAGGAAGAAAAUUUGGUCCUCUCGUGGUUCAACAUGAUUGGUGCCACGUACACUAUUUUUAAAAGGCAACACCACGUGUUCCCUAACCAAACCAGACCGAGAUUUGAUCAACGAUCCAGAUGUCUUCACAUCAAUAUGUAUUUUGCCCCUGACGGUGACGGGCAGUCUGCCCGUGAUUAUAUGUGGCCCCCAGGUGAAUUCCUCCUACCCUACAAAAGCUUCUCUCCCAACCCAUUCCCACGGGUCCUAUUUUCAUCUCUCUCGUCUCUUUUCUUCCAAAUUUCAUUCAUUCAUUUUCAUAUUCAUUCACUAACUUAAUAUAAUUAUAAUCAUAAUCAUAAUUAUAAUAUCCAUUUCAUAUUUAAUACCUUAAAACUAAGGUUCAUUUUGUAGUGAAGUUUUUAAGCUCUAUUUGAGAAAAACAAAAUGGCUGGAAUGUGCUGUGGUGUUGUUGGUGAAGGAGACUCUCCGGCGAGUUCACGUCCAUCAUCCAGACGCCGGAAUUUAGACUUGCUACCUUUCAAAUACAUCGCCGACAUGGCGUCCGGUACUUCACGGAAACGCCGCCAAGCGGAUCUCUGUAAGAACAACGAUUUUGAAAGCUGUGAUGACUCAAGCGAUGACAAAAGUAAGAAGAACAGAACGGAAUCCAAAGUAAGCGAUUCAGACGAUAAAUCUUCAACGGAAGGUAAUUCUGAAGAUGGAGAGUUUCCAAAGUUUGGUGUUACUUCAGUUUGCGGUAGAAGAAGAGACAUGGAAGAUUCCGUUUCAGUUAAACCUUCUUUCUCUUCACAAGAACCGUUUCACUACUUCGGUGUUUUUGACGGUCACGGUUGCUCUCACGUUGCAACUAUGUGUAAGGAACGUCUUCACGAAAUCGUGAAGGAAGAAAUCAACGAAUCACAAGAGAAUUUCGAGUGGAAUAGCACUAUGCAACAAGGAUUUGCUCGCAUGGACGAUGAAGUUCAGAGAUGGAAUAGUAGCAGCCAAACCGUUACUUGCAGAUGCGAGCUACAAACACCUCACUGCGACGCCGUUGGAUCCACCGCCGUCGUCGCCGUUGUCACACCGGACAAAAUCAUCGUCUCAAACUGCGGUGACUCCCGCGCUGUUCUCUGCCGUAACGGCGUCGCAAUCCCACUCUCCUCCGAUCACAAGCCGGAUCGACCCGACGAGUUGCUCCGAGUUCAAGCGGCAGGAGGGCGCGUGAUCUACUGGGAUGGUCCAAGAGUGCUUGGUGUACUCGCCAUGUCUAGAGCCAUAGGCGACAACUAUUUAAAGCCAUAUGUGAUAUCAGAACCCGAGGUAACGGUAACGGAGAGAAAAGACGAAGAUGAGUGCUUAAUACUAGCGAGUGAUGGAUUAUGGGAUGUUGUUUCAAACGACACCGCAUGUGGUGUUGUUAGGAUGUGUUUGAAGGCACAAAAGCUGCCGUCGCCACCGGGUUCUCCUGGUAACAACGACGUGACGACAGAUGGUUCCGAUCGUGCAUGUUCUGAUGCGUCAAUUUUGUUGACUAAGUUGGCUUUGGCAAGACAUAGUUCGGAUAAUGUUAGUGUGGUGGUGAUUGAUUUAAGGAGAGAUCAACGACAAUUAUCAAAUUCCAACGUUAAUUAAAUUAUUAAUUAAUUAAUCAAUCUUAGGGCGGUGAGAAUGGAAGAAAAAAUGAAACAAAAUCAGUUUUUAAGGACUCGAGAGGAUAAUAUGUGGAGAAAAUGGAGAAGGGUAUGUGUGGCUGUGGCUUUGAUGAUUAAUGAAUUAAUCAACCCAUCUAUGUAAUGGGAUGGGAAUUUAGGUAUGAGUGAGUGGUGAUAAAAAAAAAGUGUAACUGUGAAAAUUAACAAGUUACAAAAAAAAAUUAGUGGAGAAAACAAUUUGUGUCAACAAAGGUAUCAAUGAGCCGGUUGACACACCUUUUAUUUUAUUUUGUGUAUAAUGGAAUGGAAUCUAUAAAUUGGUUUUUGCA